AUGGAGGAAGAUGUAGGGGAGGUAGACGUGCUGCAGGGCUACCAGUGGCUGCUGCGGGACCUGCCCAGGCUGCCCCUCUUUGACAGCGUGAGGACCACCACUGCCCUGGCUCUACAGCAGGCCAUCCACAUGGAGACUGACCCCCAGACCAUCAGCGCCUACCUGAUCUACCUGUCCCAGCAUACACCCGUGGAGGAGCAGGGCCCACACAGUGACCUGGCCCUGGACGUGGCCCGGUUGGUGGUGGAGCGCUCCACCAUCAUGGCACACCUCUUCUCGAAGCCCUCCUGCAGCACCGCCUCCGACGCUGUCCUCAGUGCCCUGCUGUCCGUGUUCUCCCGCUAUGUGCGGCGCAUGCGCAAGAGCAAGGAGGGCGAGGAGGUCUACAGUUGGUCGGAGUCUCAGGACCAAGUGUUCCUACGCUGGACCAGUGGGGAGACAGCCACCAUGCACAUCCUUGUGGUCCAUGCCAUGGUCAUCCUGCUAACAUUGGGCCCACCCCGUGCUGGUGAUGGCGAGUUCCACGAGUUGCUGGACAUCUGGUUUCCGGAGAAGAAGCCCCUGCCCACAGCCUUCCUGGUGGACACCUCUGAGGAGGCUCUGCUGCUGCCCGACUGGCUGAAGCUGCGGAUGAUCCGUUCUGAGGUUCCCCGCCUAGUGGACGCUGCCCUGCAGGACCUGGAGCCCCAGCAGCUGCUGCUCUUUGUGCAGUCCUUUGGCAUCCCAGUGUCCAGCAUGAGCAAGCUCCUGCAGUACCUGGACCAGGCAGUGGCCCAGGACCCCCAGACCCUGGAGCAGAACAUCAUGGACAAGAGCAGGCUGGCUUCACCCACCCCCAGUGGUCCAUUGGCGGCUGAUUUGCAGAUUACAUGGCCCACCUGGUUGAGACAGCACAGAGGCUCUAAGCCAGAAAGCAGCCCUGAGCCCCCGCCAGGCCAGGGCAGGACUCGGGCAGGCACACAGGUCCCAGUGCUUGGCCCUGAGGACGACUUGGCAGGCAUCUUCCUACAGAUCUUCCCACUGAGCCCCGACCCACGGUGGCAGAGCUCCAGCCCACGCCCCCUCGCCCUGGCCCUGCAGCAAGCCCUGGGCCAAGAGCUGGCUCGUGUUCGCCAGGGGAACCCCGAGGUGCCAGGCAUCACAGUGCGCCUCCUGCAGGCCAUGGCCACCCUGCUGAGCUCCCCGCAUGGUGGCACUCUAGCUCUGGCUAUGCACCACAGCCACUUCCUUUCCUGUCCACUGAUGCGCCAGCUCUACCAGUACCAGCGUGCUGUCCCUCAGGACACUGGCUUCUCCUCGCUCUUCCUUAAAGUGCUUAUGCAGAUUCUGCAGUGGCUGGACAGUCCCGCUGUGGAGGAUGGGCCCUUGCAGGCCCAACUCAAGUUGUUUGCUACCAGAUACUCGGCAAGACGCAGGAUCAGUGACGUGGGCAGUGGGCUGCAGCACCUGGCUGAGGCCCUGAGCUUCCGACAUGACCUGGAGAUGGCCAGCUCCACCGUGCAGGCCGUCAUUGCUACCUUAAGGUCUGGGGAGAAGUGCACUGUGGAGCCUGAGCUCAUCAGCAAAGUCCUCCGUGGCCUCAUCGCGGUGCGCUCCCCUCACUUGGAAGAGCUGCUGACGGCCCUUUUCUCAGCCACUGCCCAGGCCUCCUGCCCGAGCUCGGCCUCCAUGCCCAUCGUGCUGGUGAGCUCCCUGCUGCUGCAGGAGAAGGAUGAGCUCCUAGGCCCUGGCAAGCAGGACGCGGAGGGUACCGGCACAGAGACUGUGCGCCUGGGACCAGCGUCGGGGCUGCUUGUGGACUGGCUGGAGACGCUGGACCCGGAGGUGGUCAGUAGUUGUCCUGACCUUCAGAGGAAACUGCUCUUCUCACGAAGAAAGGGUAAAGGCCACGUAAGUGCCCAGGUGCUGUCUUCGCCCUACCUCCUGGCCCUGCUCACACACCAGGCCAGCUGGGCCACACUACACCGCUGCAUCCGUGUCCUGCUAGGCAAGAGCCGGGAGCAGAGGCUCGACCCCUCAGUCCUGGACUUCCUCUGGGCCUGCAUCCAUGUUCCCCGGAUCUGGCAGGGCCGGGACCAGCGCACUCCACAGAAGCGGCGGGAGGAGCUGGUGCUUCAUGUCCAGGGCCCAGAGCUGCUCAGCCUGGUGGAACUGAUCCUCUCUGAGGCAGAGACCAGGAGCCAGGAUGGGGACAGUGCUGCACGCACCCUCAUUCAGACCCGGCUGCCCCUGCUGCUUAGCUGCUGCCGCGGCAAUGAGAGCAUCGGAAAAGUGACGGAGCACCUGACCAGCUGCAUUCAGCAGUGGGGGGACAGUGUGCUGGGCCAGCGCUGCCGGGACCUGCUAUUACAGCUCUACCUGCAGCGGCCGGAGGUCCGGCUGCCGGUGCCCGAGGUCCUUCUGCAAAGCGAAGGUGCCGCCAGCAGCAGCAUCUGCAAGCUGGACGGGCUCAUCCAUCGCUUCAUCACGCUCCUGGCAGACACCAGUGACUCCCGGUCUUCUGAGAGCAGAGUGGCUGAUGCCAACAUGGCCUGUCGGAAGCUGGCUGUGGCUCACCCCAUCCUGCUGCUCAGGUGCUUACUCGCCCAGCAUUGGGCACACCAUGGGGUUGGGGUAUCUGGUACUAACAUUGGACGCUCUCUGCCUCCCGCCCUAGCACGCUCUGCCCAGGUCUUUUCUCUGCACGAUUGCGUAUCCCACCCAGCUCGCCGGCACCUGCCAGUGAGUGGGCGCACCUUGCCCUUGCCAGCGGCUCCUUCCAUCCGCGCUGGCUGCCUAAGGUGGCGCUAG